AUGGAUCAUAAUCUUAUAUCCGUUCAACUUUCAUCUGCUAUCCAUCCUUCUCCUUUAAAAAGGUGUACUGAUGAAAAUCCAGUAUUUAAUGAAUCCGCUAUGAACAAUGCUUCUCGUGCCUCUGACAAUCAAAUAGAACCUGAAACAACUCAGGAUAAAUCGUACUCAUCAAAAGAUCAAUCUUGUAAAGCAGUAUGUGCAUUCGCCUUGUUUACAAUCAUAGCAAUGACUAUUGGCAUAAUUACAGUUUGUCUUGGUCUUCCAAAAGAAACAAGUAUAAUUUUAUUUUAAUAUUUUAAUUCAGACUGAAAUAUUAAACACUUAACGUUAAAAACUAUAAAACAAAAUGAGAUAAUCUAUUAGAAUUCGACGGCUCGAAAAAGUAUCCGCUAUCGAAGCUCGACUGUGGUUCCGUUAAUAUAAAGAAGAAAUAAGCGAUUUCGGUUCACUUCCGAAAAUACCACGUAAAACUAAAACCGUUAAAUCAUCAAAUAGAUGUGAAAGUUUUAAAUCUAUUUUGAGAAGGUUUCAUUAUUGAAUUGAGAUUAAAGAUACCACAUAUGUCAGUAUUCAAGCAAAACAAUAUUAUAUGUAUAUACGGAAAUGUUUAAUCUUAAGUAUUGAAAAUAAAGAUUUCUUGACAUAGAUUUAAGAAUUUUUAUAUCUAUCUGAUGAUUUUACAAUCCAAUUCCUUUAAUACUUCCAGAAUGUUUUCUUCUACAUUUUCGGUUCUGGUUCGAAGAAAUUCGAAAAUAUCGAUUCCAGUUCG